AUGCUUCGUUGCCAUGUGCUGGGGGCUCUCACAUACAUCGCAAGACAAGCAGCAGCCUUCGAUUGCAGUCAGGUGGAUCGAUCGACGCCACUGGCAGUUUGCUGUGAUGCGCAAUCGGCGUGGUCAUCGAUGGAGUCUGCUGGAGGUUGUGGCGGCCAAGGUGCCACAUCAGAGCAGUGCUCAGCAGCAUCAAACUUGUGUCGGCAAUGUCGGAUGGCUGUUGCCUCCCACACAGACGAGACGGGGAGCAGUGCCGCAGAAGGGACAAAUUUGUCAUCCCUGGAUGUAAGCUUUCUGGAGGUGCACUGCGUGUUGCCUCAAUGGCAGGACUCAUGCCACUCUGUGGCUGACCUAGGGUUUGGAGUGCUGCUGGUUGCGGGGGGCAUCCUGAUGCUCGUGGCAACUGGCGGGCUCUUACUGUUUGACUGGCGCGCUCUGCCUUGGAUGGUGUCACGAGCCGGGAUGCAAGCGUCGGACGCGCAGUUUCCGACCCCGUGGCCUUCAUCUCCUUCACGUGCGGAGAAAGUUGGCCAGCCGAGGCUAGAACGGGGCAGCCUUGGAGUUUCAGAUGCUUUGCGUUUGGCUGCUGCAGUUCCAGAGAUGCCACGGAAGCAGGGAGGCAUGGCGCUCGCGUGGGCGCUUCGCCGCGUGUUCCUUCUCAUAGCCUUCACUGCUGUUGUGCUCCGCUUGGCCAUGACCAUAGCCUUUCUGACCCUACUACCCGGACCCAGGCAGGGGUUGAUGGGCACGUUAGAGAUCGUCCUGUGCGCACUCCCGCUCCUAUGGUGCGCGGUUUCCUCACGGCAGUCUUCAGAGGGCGCUCCUUUGGACAUUGCCUUCUGGGGUCCGGGUCGGAGGUGCCCAAGAUUUACGACGUAUGCGGUGCUGACUGUUGGCACCGAGUUGUACAGCACUCUGGUGCUCUCGUACGCUGUUGCCACUGCUCCAUGUGAUUUUGCAGCAUGGAAGCCAGCAACGUUCUAUUGCGCUGGAGUCCUGGUGGCGGUCGUGAGAUGUUAUUCUGCGGUGGUUGCCUUGAGGCUUCAAGAUGCAGCAGCCGGUGCCUGCCGCAGGGUUCUCCCUCAGGACGGCUGUGAUCUCGAGCCCGUAGCUGAAGGAGACAUUCAAUGCAACAUCGACGACGAGGAGCUAGCCGAUGGUGCCAGUUCUCUGCAGCAGGCUGAUGAGAGAGCCAGGUGCUGUUGGGGGAUGGCAUGGAAUGCUCCUGUCAAAAAGGAAUGGCAAGAGCCGGUGCAAGAGUUGGAGUUGGAUGCAGCUCCCAUGGCUUGCUCUUGCUUGCCUUCAAGAUGCUGCCCGGUCACCAGAGAGAGGCUCUUAGGGCGACGGCUGCUGAUCCGUGUCGGUUUGGCAUUGGCACUUGUUUCUGCUGUGGCUUCGGCCGUCAUUGUACGAGCAGUAGUGGCUGAGGAACCUGCUCCUGUGCCGCCAUCCUCAUGCGGGGUUGCCCGCAACUCGACGACUACUUGCGUUCCCUGGCGCUUGGCAGGGAUUCAUCUCGUUGAUCAUAAAACCGGUGAGCUGCAGAUGGACUUGACCAACACGCUGGAGGAGUGCUGCGAAGGCUGUGAUGGUCUUGCGGAUUGCCAAGCCUGGAUUUUCGAGCGUGUGGCAAAGCGAUGUCGGUGGAUUCAGUUCGACGACCACGUAUGUAGAAAGGAUCCGGGUGAUUUACGCUGCAGGUGCUACACUCAUUGGGGGACGGCCUACGGAUUCAAGCCGAAGUCCCAUCUUGUAUGGCUUACCGCGACAUGA